AUGGCGUCGUAUUUCUGCGACAUGACUGCUACAUUUGGAGCGAAAAGACCCAGCAUGGAUCCAGUAACACCUGAUGGUAAGUAUAUCCGCCCUCUGCAUGCCAAAAUCGGCUACUCAGCGAUGGUCCACGUCCGAGCCCAUAUGAUAUCGACACAAGCCGCCUUUCUCGCUCAAGCACUUACUACUGCUAUUCGAUACUCAGCAAUACGCCGACAAGGGGAGAUUCAACCUGGAAAAGGCGAAGUAAAGAUCAUGGAGUACCAAACCCAGCAACAUCGUCUAUUUCCACAACUUGCACGGGCCUAUGCGUUUAUUUUCGUGGGACAGGCCGUGAGGGUCAUUUUUCAACGAGUACAGAAAGACGUCGCUCAAGGAAAGGUGAGCAGCACGUUCCCCAUCUUCUAG